UGUAGAAGUAUCUCACUUGUUUUUGAAAUCCGAGAGGAAAAAAUUAUGUCGUUUUCCAGUGCAAUUCUUACUCAACCUUUGCUUUAAUACUACGGGAAAAUGGGAUUUACUGGUAUUAUAAAUGAGAUUCGUUUAAAUAUCGUUUAACCUUUAACCUUUAAUCGCCCGGAAUAUGGUUUUUAUAGGAUUGAAACGGUAUCGCGUUCAAGGAAACACAAUAAGUACAUAUUUCAGAGCUUGUUCUUCCCAUUUUCUUUAUAUAUAUAAAUAGUAGGUAACUAUGUUAGUCAAAUUAUUCAGUCCUCAUACACCGACUCCGUAAGAAAAAAAAAGUGACAAUAUAAAAACCUCAACAUGUACGAAAAAAUCAUCAAAGCCGAUCUCGGAGCAGACGUGAGAAUAAUCGAUUUAAGAACUGAUACACUGAGCAGGCCUACUCAAGAAAUGAAGGAGGCUAUGUAUAUUGCAGACCUUGGGGAUGAUGUAUACGGAGAAGAUCCAACAGUGACUGAACUGGAAAGAAGAAGUGCAGAACUCUUGGGUAAAGAAGAUGCACUGUUUCUUGUCAGUGGAACUAUGGCCAACCUAAUAACCAUUAUGGUCCAAUGCUCCCACAGAGGCUCAGAGAUCAUUUCAGGAGAUAAAGGCCAUACCUGCUGUUUGGAACAAGGAGGACCUGCACAAAUCGCGGGAGUGCAAUCUUCGCCGAUCAAGAACGAAGAUGAUGGAACAUUUAGUCUUGAUGUGCUCAGAGAAGCAAUAAAUGUAAACCCAAAUGUAUUUGAACCUAAAACUUCCCUCAUCAUAGUCGAAAAUACGCAUAACUUAUGUGGAGGAGUGGUAUUACCCCUCGACUGGUUGGAGAAAGUUGGUGAUAUUGCAGCAGAACAUAAUAUUCCAGUUCACAUGGAUGGUGCAAGGUUAAUAAACGCUGCAGUGUACCUGAGAGUGUCUCCUAAAAGAGUAGCCAGAGAUGUAGACACAGUAUUUUUUUCUCUUAGUAAAGGAUUGGGAUGUCCUGUUGGUGCAGUUUUGGCUGGCAGCAAUGACUUCAUUACCAAGGCACGUCGAGUACGAAAAGUAUUAGGAGGCGGAUGGAGACAGGCUGGAGUCUUAGCUGCAGCUGGACUAGUUGCUUUAGAUACCAUGAUUGAUAGGACAAAAAUAGAUCACGAACAUGCCCUUAAAAUAGCAAAAGCAAUUCAUCAAAUGAAGUCCAAUAUUUUCAAAGUGGACCUGGCAAAAGUACAAACGAACAUUAUACUAAUGUACAUUGAUCGCAGUAAAGUCGACCUCAAACAACUGCAGCGUAGGCUGCAGACAGUUUUAGACGGUGAUAGUGUACGUGCCUCUGUGAGGUGUUCUUCACUGAAAUCCAAUUGUGUGAGGUUUGUCCUGUACUACGAAAUUACCGCUGAAGAUGUUCAACUGGCGUGUGACAAAAUACAACUCGUUAUCAAGGAAUACGAUGAAAUAUUCAGUUUAAAAAAUGUCAUUCCUCAAUUUAAAUAAUUCUCUUGUAGCUUUUAAAAUUGUCAAUUAUUUAUUUUGCCGAAUUUAGUUUUUAUUGAUAUAUGAUCUCCAAUAAAUGAACGUAUUUGUGAAUAAACAAAUUUGAACAAAUGAA